AUUUUAGAAACAAAAAGGGGGCGUGCCUGUAGAUCAAUCCUCACACAGAACUGAUAGUUAAGUUGCAGUUGCUGUAUUACGACUGUAGCUAACAGUCUAGCUGAGUCGUUUGCAGCAUCUUAGUAACACUGAGGUACUCCACUGAGCAGCCAAAUCUGUACCGCAGCAAACUCUGAUCUGCCUCAUCUGUCUUGACGAGAAGGAGGACGUGUUAAAGCCAUGUUUGAAUUCAGUUCUGCCCUGAGGCCGUGCCUGAAGUGGUCCGGAGGGCUCAUCAGAACUCGUACACUCGCUCUCAGAGAAUCGAACUUUGUGAGGUCUAGUUUUCGACGAUUUUGCUCCUCCACAGAAGCAGCCCCUCCCCCUGGCACACCCUACAACAAACUCACUGUAGGCGUACCCAAAGAGACAUUUCUCAACGAGAAGAGAGUUGCUCUUUCACCAGUUGCCUGCAAGCUCUUAACGAAGGAAGGAUUCUCUGUUCUAAUUGAAGGAGGCGCCGGUUCCGAAGCAAAGUUUUCAAAUGCCGAGUACGAGGCUGCGGGAGCGAAAAUCGGGACUGCUGAAGAUGCAUUUCGUUCGGAUAUCAUCAUGAAAGUUCGAGCCCCAUCUCUCAAAGAAACCGAUCACCUGAAGCAAGGCUCUUCACUUAUUAGCUUCCUCUACCCUGCUCAGAAUUCGGAUCUCAUUGAUGAGCUAGCCAAGAAGAAGAUCAACCUUUUCGCUGUCGACCAGAUACCUCGAAUCAGCAGAGCUCAAGUUUUUGAUGCCCUCAGCUCUAUGGCCAAUAUCGCUGGCUACAAGGGAGUAAUUGAAGCAGCCAAUCAUUUUGGACGAUUCUUCACUGGACAGAUUACAGCUGCAGGGAAAGUCCCUCCUGCCAAGGUGCUUGUUAUUGGAGGGGGCGUGGCUGGUCUGUCCGCCAUUGGAACGGCCAAGAACAUGGGUGCAAUCGUUCGAGCGUUUGACACGCGAGCAGCCGUGAAGGAGCAGGUGCAGUCACUAGGAGCGGAGUUUCUGGAGGUCAAUAUCAAGGAAUCAGGAGACGGAGCCGGUGGCUAUGCUAAAGUCAUGUCGAAAGAAUUCAUUGAAGCUGAAAUGGCACUUUUUGCCAAGCAAUGCAAGGAGAUUGAUAUCCUCAUUUCCACUGCACUGAUUCCCGGGAAGCCAGCACCGAAACUGAUCAAGCGUGAGAUGAUCGAAUCGAUGAAAGCCGGCUCAGUUGUGGUGGAUCUGGCGGCCGAAGCAGGAGGCAAUUUUGAGACGACUAAACCUGGAGAGCUAUACCAGUACAAGGGUGUGACUCACAUCGGGUACACGGACCUGCCCAGUCGACUACCCACACAGUCCAGUACCCUGUACGCCAACAACAUCUCGAAGUACCUCCUCUCUAUGGGGCCCAAAGGUCAGUUCCAUAUUGAUCUUCAGGACGAGGUUGUACGAGGAUCCAUUAUCCUGAGGGACGGGGAAAAGAUGUGGCCGCCACCGCCUCCUCCGAAACUGCCCGAGCCAGAGGUCAAAGACACACAGCCGAUACCUGUCGUACAAGCCCAGGUCGUGGAAGACACACCGUUUAAGACGACCAUGAAACAAUCACUCGUGUACACUGCUGGACUUGGUUCGCUAUUGGGACUCGGAAUUAUUACACCUACUCCGGCUUUCAGUACCAUGGUUACGACGUUCUCGCUCUCCGGAAUCGUAGGGUACCACACAGUGUGGGGGGUUUCCCCUGCCCUCCACUCCCCUCUCAUGUCCGUCACCAACGCUAUCUCUGGGAUCACUGCAGUUGGAGGGCUUCUCUGCAUGGGGGGUGGCUAUCUACCCACGACCACAGCACAGGGACUGGCUGCAACAGCUGCUUUCAUUUCGGCCAUCAACAUUUUCGGAGGCUUCCAAAUCACCCAGCGAAUGUUGGACAUGUUCAAACGACCUGACGACCCUUCAGAGCACAACUACCUCUACGCUAUACCUGGAGUUGGAUUCCUCGGAGCUUAUCUUGCGGCGCACAUGGCGGGCCACUCGGAUAUCCUUCAGAUGGCCUACCUUGCAGCUUCUCUGUGUUGUGUUGGUGCUCUCACCGGCCUUGCGUCUCAGGCCACAGCUCGACAAGGUAACGCCCUGGGAGUGAUUGGGGUUACAACUGGCAUUGUCACCACUCUGGCUAGCAUGGGACUGUCAAACGAAGUGCUCAUGCAGAUGACGGGUGCUUUAGGUGGUGGAGGACUUAUUGGAACUAUUAUCGCUCGGCGUAUGGCUAUCACUGAUCUACCACAACUGGUUGCCGCUUUCCACAGCUUUGUUGGUUUGGCCGCUGUUCUUACCUGUCUUUCGACGUACAUGUCCGAGUAUACCCACCUUGCGUCCGAUCCUAGCGGUGCCGUCACUAAAGCUGCUCUUUACCUCGGUACCUAUAUCGGAGGGGUGACCUUUACUGGCUCUCUGAUUGCGUUUGGCAAACUCCAAGGUAUGCUCAAAUCCGACCCCCUUAUUUUCCCCGGAAGACAUCUGCUCAAUGCUGCUCUACUGACUACAAAUGUCGGUGCUAUGGGCUACUAUAUGACCAACCCCGGUUACUCGGCUGACAUGAGCUGUCUGACCACUACCACACUUCUCUCAUCUGUGAUGGGAGUCACUCUCACCUCUGCCAUUGGAGGAGCCGAUAUGCCUGUUGUCAUAUCCGUCCUCAACUCUUACAGCGGUUGGGCUUUGUGUGCCGAGGGAUUUAUGCUUAACAACAACCUACUGACGAUUGUUGGUACAAUGAUCGGGUCGUCUGGUGCUAUCCUCUCGUACAUCAUGUGCAAGGCCAUGAAUCGAUCGCUCACAAAUGUCAUCUUUGGUGGAACGAACAUCGGAACAAAGAGCAACACUGGAGGAAAGCCAAAGGAGAUCACUGGAGUCCACACCGAGAUCGAUCUUGAUGGAACCGUCGAUCUGAUUGAUGAGGCUCAAAACAUCAUCAUCACCCCAGGCUAUGGUUUAUGUGUGGCUCAAGCACAGUACCCGAUUGCAGAGUUGGUUCGUAUCCUUCGCGAGAAAGGCAAGACUGUUCGAUUUGGAGUACACCCUGUAGCUGGACGUAUGCCUGGACAGCUCAACGUGCUUCUGGCCGAGGCUGGUGUCCCGUACGAUGUCGUCUUGGAGAUGGAUGAAAUAAACGAUGACUUUAAGGACACAGACCUCACUCUGGUGAUUGGAGCCAAUGACACUGUCAACUCUGCGGCUGAGGAAGACCCUAACUCCGUCAUUGCUGGCAUGCCAGUACUUCAGGUGUGGCAAGGCAAGCACAGCGUUGUGAUGAAGCGUACUCUGGGCGUGGGGUAUGCUGCCGUGGACAACCCUGUCUUCUACAAGGACAACACCUCCAUGCUGCUAGGAGACGCCAAGAAAACUUGUGAAGCUCUCUUGGCCAAGAUCAAGAACAAAUACGAAUAAACGUUAUGUGUAGAGUUAUUUAGAGGUUGCGUGAACAAACAUUGUGUGUAGCUCAAGCUAGCUAGGUAAACAUAUUUUUCACAUGGUUAUCCGGAUACAUAUAAUUUUAUUUAUUUAUUGCAAUUAGUGAA